AUGGCACUCUCGCAGCAACCAAUGCGGCCCCGGGCUUGGGGAUGCUUUCAGCAACAGCCUGCUGUCCACGACUACUCCAUGAUGAACCAUCCGACCUCCGUGCAGGACCAGUCGAGAGCAGCCAUGCCUGCUCCCAUGGCAAGAGCCGUCAUGCCCACUGACUACCUGAGCGCACCGCCGUACUACAUGAUAAGUCACAAUUGCCCAGCACUGAAUCACAUGACCUACACACAAAACGAUGCGCCACAGACCUACAGCUACAUGUCUCCCCGAGUCGUGCGCGUGGGAACCCCAGAGCACGAGGGCGUGUCUGGCCAAAAUGGCCGACAACGCAGCCCUAUCAGUAGUUCCAAGGCAAGGAUAGGAAGCUUCAAGACACCUGACCCGCGCAACACGAAGGAUAUCAGGUUCAACAAGCCGACGGGCGCUGAAUCUGUGAAUUUUACCACCCCUAUUGACACCCUCAUGAAGGCCAUUCAGAAGAGAAGCGACUCCGACGAGAUUAUCAAAGUUGCUUCAGAGAAUCAUCAGGUCAAGCCUGAGCCUAGAUCGCCCACAGUCGGCCACAAAGCUAUUGCUCCUACAACCUCGUCGAUGUCCGCGGAAGGUGUGGGUGCCCCUAAAGCUAAGCGAUUCAUUUGCGGCAUCGGUGGUUGUGGCAAAAGCUUUGCCCAGAGCACUCACCUCGACACCCACAAGCGUGCGCACACUGGGGCGAAGCCAUAUCAAUGCAACUGGCCUCAUUGCGAACGCACUUUCUCCCAGCCAGGCAACCUUAAGACUCACAUGCGCCGUCAUACUGGCGAAAAGCCGUUCCAAUGCGAGGGGUGCGACAAGGUGUUUGCGCAGCGUGGCAACCUUCAGACGCACAUGGCAACACAUACCGACAGGAAGCCAUUCAAUCAUCAAAACAAAAACCAUGGGGGGACUCUCUUGGAGAUGACCGACUGGAUCGUCUCUAUUACUGACGUCAACAGUCUGUCCGAUGACCAACGCAAGAUGUACUAUUACUUCGCGAACCUAUACAAGAACAGCAACAAGGGAAUCAAGGGUCGCGGCAAGGACCGCAGGGUGACGGAGCGUGUUUCGAAGGCUAAGCGGAAAUCUCCCUAUAAUCCUAUCAACCCCGUCUCUGGCAGCAUUAGCCUGGCAGCAUGCAACUCGAAGAGGCUCCCCUCAACGGAGCAGCAACAGCAGCGGCACCAUCCACGGGGCUACCACGAAGGUCCCCCUACGGACAUGGCCCUGUUCUCGAGUGAAAGCUGCGAUAGACACAAUGUAGCAUUCGCGAACCCCGACGGCAUGUAUUGGCAGCCACCUCAUGCGAUGUACACACAGGGAAGUGACGGGAUGCGAGAAAACAGGCCCGUGGCACUGCCCCCUCCAUCACAUCCCCAGAACGUCCCGAUUGCAAUGGCGGGAGGACGAGGCAUGUAG